ACAACCUCUUUUUUUUCAAGUAAAUAUAACAAUUCACAAGAUGUCAGGUUUUGUGGUUUACUCUUGCCACUGUCUCAACAUCAGAAUACAUCUCUCCACAAAAUAUACCAAUGACAACCUUUCGGAAUUUAAAGCACAGGCUGCUAUCAAAGAACCUACACCAGGCUGGGAGUUUGACUUGGGAAUGGGAGGCAUCGUAACGGUAAGAAACGAAUGCCUGUUUUUGAUCAAGAUCACUGAAAGUACAUUUGCAUGCAGGAGUUCGUCACAUUAACUCAGACUAAAGCAAACGCAGGCUGGAAAACAACCAGUUGUCUUAACUGUAACUGUGGUGAAAUAUAUUCUCUUUCUGAUAAAAGUGGGUAUAGUCGUGUCGUUAUUCAUGAAAACGCAAUCUAUGGUCAACAAAUUGAAAAUUUGAAGAAUAAUACAAACUAUUCUCGAAUUUUCAAUAUAAAGUUAGAGGAUAACGUAGAGAACUUGAUCCCAAUGCCCAGUCUGGAAGACGUUCCUGAAAAACUUGUUUCUACUCACAAACAAAUCGUGUCUAUGAUGGACCAAUCGAUCGAAAAGAUUCGUUUGGAAUCAAAAUUACGUAUCGAGGAGUUUAAGCUACAGGAAGAAAAGAAAACCCAAGAGUUGAUAUCUCAUGCCAAGGUCGAAAAUAAUCAGUUAUGGUCAAAGGUGAUUCAGGUGGCAGACAGUCAGGUGGAUGAAAAGAAAAAUCAUGUUCGAUUUGCACCUGUCGUACCAGAUGAAGAGGAACCAAAAAAACCUACAAAAAAAAGAUUAAGUUUUGCCUUGGACGAAUCCGCUAUAAGUAGUAGUCUUAAGAAUAAGAAUCUUGAUUAUUACGGGUUGAAUUCAUUAAAAAACAAACAGGAUAGUGAAUCGGAGGAAGAAGAGGAGGACAUGUUUAAUUUAGACGAAGAGUUUUCAGAUGACGAUAAAGAGAACGAACAAAAAGAUGAUGAUGAUGAUCAAGUGUCAGAAGAGGAAAAGGAAGAAAUCGAGGAGGAAAAGGAUGUUGAUGAGGAAGCAAGUUCCAAAAGCAAUGAUUUACUGUUAUCUACUUCUUUAAAAAAAUCUAUCUCUGACAUAGACCAGAAAUUUUCUUGGAUAAAGAAGAAGAGAAAUACCAGUAAAUACCUCACUCAAGAUUUUGAUUUAAAGACUGAUUUGAAAAAAGACACUGGCACAAACCACAGCCAAAGUGAGGAUGAAAAUUUAUCGAUGUUUGCAACCUCCGUGCCAAUAACAAUCCAUUAUCCAGCACCAGAUGAGGAAGAAAAAACGGCUGAUGAUGAUAAGCAUCAUUCACCAAAAAGAAAAGACAUUUUGGCCUCAAGUUUCGCAAAUUAUGAUUUUUCGUAUUCUGAUAGAAUGUUAUCAGAACAGUUUCCUGCUCCACGUAGAAGAAAGAGUCUAGCCUCAUCUUCACUUAUCCGUCCCCAAUUAGAUAGUCUAGUAGGGAAAUCAUUAGAUACUAGAGGUUUAAUGAAAAAGAAGGCAAAUGAAAUAGAACCAAAGGAUAAAGAUGAAUAUGACUCAAGCUUACCACCUCAUGUUUGGGCUGCUAUGGAGUCUACAAAGGAUGAAGAUCAAUAAAAAAUUUGUUUGAACCCUGGUUAU